AUGAAGACCGCCUAUCUCACGCUCGGCCUCUUCGCCGCUCUCACCUCUGCCUACUCCAAGAGGCACCCCCGUUACCUCCGUAUGCGUGCCAGCAAUGGGACCGCAGGCAUCAUCGAGCCCCCGGCGGACGACCCGGCUGCUAUCUCCGGCUCGACCACGGACACGGCCACCCUCGCGCAGCCCACCAGCGAGUCCUCCUCGAAGGGAGGCGCCGGUCUUGUCACCAGCUUCCUGCCCCCCUUCCCGACCAACGGCACGGGCUCCGUCAGCGGCAUCACCACCCUGACCGUGUCCACCACCUCAGUCCGCACCAUCACCUCCUGCCUGCCCGAGGUCAUUGACUGCCCCACGCGGACCGAGGACUUCUCCAAUUUCCCCACGGAGGCCCUGAGCACAGUCAUCGUCACCGACACCGUCGUCCUGACCACCGUCACUUGCCCGGUGACGGCCGUGCCCUCUGUCUCCUCCAGCGUCCUCGACGACGCCUCCAAGGGCAUCAUCACGGGCAGCACGCUCUCUCCCUCUGCAUCUGCCGGACCCAGCGCGACUAUCACGGCCACUGCCACAGGCGCUGCGGGCGCCUCCUCCACCGCGGCCAACGACCCGGUGGCCACUGCUUCUGAUAGCAACGGAAGUACAACCCUCACGGUCUCGACCACCUCCGUCCGCACCAUCACCUCCUGCGCCGCAACAGUGACCAACUGCCCGACCAAGUCCGAAGACCUCGCCACCAUGCCCAGCGACGCUCUCAACACCGUCGUCGUGACCGACACCGUGGUGCUGACAACCGUCGUGUGCCCCGUCACAGCCGUCCCGUCGGUGUCCUCCAGCGUGCUAGGCGAUGCGUCCAACGGGAUCAUCACCGGCACAACCAUCACCGCGGGCGCAACUGCGGGCACCGGUGAGCAGGAUACCACCACCACCGAGACGACCACAUCCACCGGCACCCGCACCGUGACCGUCCACCGCCCAGCAACCACCACCGCUGGCGUCCAGCCCGGCAGCGGUAACAACGGUAACGGCAACGGCAACGGAAACGGCAACGGAAACGGAAACGGAAACGGCAACGGCCAGGGUAACGACAGCGCCAACUGCAACGCCGUAGCCACCACCACAGCCACAGUAACCGUCACCGAAACCGCCACCGCCGCCGCACCCCCCGCCUCCACCGUCUUCGUCACAAUCGACAACUGCGCCGCCAGCAGCGCCGUCUCCUCCCUCUCCACGAAGACUGCUUCCGCUGCUGGAUCGGCUGCCCCAACCCUGAUCGAUACCAGUGGGAACCUCGCUGGUGAGGGCGGCGACAAUGCUGACGCGGAGUCUACGACUACCACCUCCGCUGGGGGCUCUUCGUUCCCACCGGCUGAGACUACUACGGCCUCUGCCGCAGCGUCGGCUUCGCCGACUGGGGAUGAGGAUAGUUGUGAGGAGGAUGAGGUUGUUACUGUGACUGCUACGUCGACUGGUACUGCUGCUGAGAGUACGGGUACUGCUACCGCGACUGAGGCUAGUACCACGGCUACUGAGGCUGAGACGUCUGCUACGGAGGUGGCGCCGAGUUUUGCGCCUUCGGGGUUGUACUAG